AUGUUGUUAGGAGGAGACUUUAAUGCAAGAACUGGGAAGAAAGGAGGAAUCUACGAGGGUGAAGAUAAGAAAAGAAGCUCAAAAGACAAGAUAUGUGACAGAGAAGGGAAGGUUCUACUGGAGGUGGUUGAAAAUGAUGGCUGGCAUAUUCUAAAUGGAAACGUGGAUGGAGAUGAGAAGGGAGAAUAUACGUUUAUACGGAAGAAGAGGGAAGUCAGAAAGUUGCUCAAGAAAUGGAAGGAGGAAAAGAAGGUGAAAGAGAAAUAUCUGAGGGAAAGGAUGGAGUUCCGGAAAAUAUGUGAGAGGAAGCAAAAGGAGAAGGCCAAAAGCAAACUGGAGGAGAUCAGAAAAGCUAAGACAGAAAAAGAAAUAUGGAGAUAUACUAAUAAAGAGAAGAAACAAAGGAUACCAAUCGACAGAAAGAGAGAAAACAUGUGGAAGAAGGUAGUAGGAAACAAAGAUGAGACACCCGACAGGACACAGGACACAUCAAGGAAGGAGAUAGAAAAACAAAUAAAGAAGUUGAAGAAAGGAAAAGCGUCGGGAAAGGAUAACAUCCAAAACGAGGCAUGA